AUGUUCAACGGCUUAGCUAGAUCCUUGUCGAUCAAGAAACCGAAGAACAGCAAUGGCAAAAGCAAUGCAAAGGAAGCCGCAGAAGAAAUGGCGAGAGAGGCCAAGAAGAAAGAGCUGAUUCUGAAAUCCUCUGGUUCCAUUAACUUAGAGGGAUCCAUUAACUUGGCCUCUGUUUUCUCCAAACGCGGUGAGAAAGGCGUUAAUCAGGACUGUGCCAUCGUCUGGGAGGGAUUCGGGUGUGAAGAAGACAUGAUCUUCUGCGGGAUAUUCGACGGACACGGUCCUUGGGGUCACUAUGUAGCUAAACUAGUUAGAAAUUCAAUGCCUAUAUCUUUGCUCUGCAACUGGCAAGAAACUAUGUCUCAGACCACAUUAGCAGAGCCCAAAACAGAGCUCGACGAAUCCGAUCAAACCCUAGAGAGGUUCGCCAUCUGGAAACACUUGUUCCUGAAAACCUGUGCAGAUGUUGAUCAAGAGCUUGAGCAUCACCGAGAGAUCGAUUCUUUCAACAGCGGCACAACCGCUUUAACCCUUGUGAGACAGGGUGAAGUUAUUUAUGUAGCGAAUGUCGGGGACUCACGUGCUGUACUGGCAACAGUUUCAGACGAAGGAAGCUUGGUGGCGGUUCAGAUCACCGUCGAUUUCAAACCAGAUCUACCUCAGGAGGAAGAGAGGAUAAUCGGAUGCAAUGGGAGAGUGUUCUGCCUCCAAGACGAGCCAGGGGUCCACCGUGUGUGGCAACCGGAAGAACAAACUCCGGGGCUCGCAAUGUCGAGAGCCUUCGGAGACUAUUGUAUCAAAGAGUACGGUUUGGUCUCAGUGCCUGAAGUCACUCAAAGGCAUAUCUCCAUUAGAGACCAGUUUGUAAUCUUGGCCACUGAUGGGGUAUGGGAUGUGAUAUCAAACCAAGAGGCUAUAGACAUUGUGUCCUCAACCGCAGAGAGGCCAAAGGCGGCCAAGAGGCUGGUGGAGCAAGUGGUUAGGGCUUGGAAUAGAAAGAGACGUGGAAUCGCAAUGGAUGAUAUCUCAGCCGUUUGCCUCUUCUUCCAUUCUUCACCGUCGUCGUCGCCAUCUCUAUCGCAACAUAUUCACACAACCUGUAAAUAG